AUGUGUAAUAUUCAUAAUGUUCUUUAUAUUGAUGUUCAUACUAUCUUUUCAAAUAUGUUACAUCUUCGUCAACCAGAUGGCAUACAUUGGUGUGCAAUUGGUAAUCGUAUGAUAAAUGAAAUAAUAUUAAAUUAUGUCAAAGCUUAUUAUGAUGGUGCUAAAAAUUUUAAAUGUCUUCGAUUACGUGCAGAAUUAGGAAAUAAAAUAAAUACAUUUAAACAACGUAUGAAAGAUCAUAAUAAUCAUUCGAAAAUUAAUUAUCUUGAUCAAGAUAUAUCUGAUGAUGAAAAUGAAAAAGAUAAAAUAGAAACAUCAUCAAAGACAAUAAAUAAUAAUAAUAAUAAAUCAUCAAAAUUAAAACGUAAACGAAAUAAUGAUGAUAAUGAAAAAGAAAAUAAUCAACAUCACCGUAAAGUUAUUAUAAAAUCACCAAUAAUUAAAAAUGAACAACGAACAGUUGUAAUGAAAAAAUCGAUUGAUGAAGUCGAAAUAAAAAAACAACAAAAUUUAAUUGACAAUCAAACAAUUGAAUUUAAUCAUGAAUAUUGUGAUGUUAUGUAUGAUAAUGAAUUUGAAGGUCUUCAUCUUUUACAUUUUUCUUCAUAUGAUAUUGAAUCUCCAGUAAAUAUCAAAGAUUUUCAAUUAUCAAACAAUAUUAUUCGAAUUCAAAAUGAACAGAUAACAAAUAAUGAUCUUACAGUUGAUAUUAAACCAUCAGAAAGUAUUGUAACAUCAGUGCCAUUAACAAUAUCAAAUAAUGAAAAACGAACGAUCGAUGAACCAGAUUAUAUCAUUCUUUCAUCAGAUGAUGAAGAGGAAAAAAUAACACGUAUUGUUCCUUCAUCAUCUACGACUACUAUUUUACCUAUUUAUUUAUUAAAUCGUCUUUAG